UACUAUCCCAUCAAUAUCUCAUGCAACCUAUGAUACACGCAGUCGCACAUUCGUGUCAAUUUUCGUAUAACAAAUUCGUCGCGAUAAAGCGUCUAAAUCGAAUUCUAAGAACUCGACAUUGUUUGUUCGUGUAAACUAUGUGUUUGGAAAUCACUAUUUCAUUUUACUUCCCUUAAAGAGUACGUACUGUACUUAAAGGAAGAGACUUAAAGAAUACGAAUCGAGGCCGGUAACAUAAAAACUUGUUUCCUAGAUGCCAAACUUUUUUUUUUAAAUAAAAAAAGGACCGGUAUUUGACCAGAUGAUCUUAGUAUUAAAAAAAAAAAAAAAGAAAUGCGCAGGACACGAAUGACCUAGACGUGUGUAUUAAGGGUUAAUUAAUUUGUCACAUGGGAACGUGAAGUGCCUAAGCAUUGUUUUUCAACGGUCGUGAUCGAAAUUUAUCGGUCAAGUUAAACAGUAUAAAAACAACGAAUCUGUGCAAGUAAUAAAUCGCGACUCUGUCUGGAUACAAUGGCACUUCGAAAAAGAUCAGACAAUUGGAUUUGGAAACAUGUUCUUAAAUUAGACGAUUCUAUUAUACAAUGCAAUAUAGAUAAUUGUAAGAAAACUUAUACAAUGAUUAACAAAGGUGAAUAUAGAGUGAUAAUGACGAUGAAAGGACAUUUAUAUCAUGAGCAUGGAAAAUACGAUGAACAAGAUCGGUUAAAAUGGUUAAACGACAAUGACUUGAUAUGGCGAUAUUUCGACAAAGCGAACUUAUACACAGCAAAUUGUAAUUUUUGUGGUAGUUUAUUUCGUCAAUCAUAUGUACCACUUAUAAAGUCGCAUCUGCAAAAUCAUCGUCAAGAAAUAAAAAAUCAAUGUUUAAGGUCUGGGCAAAAACCUGAAGAUAAUAAUGUGAGUAGAAUAACACAACAGUCUACAGCCACUGAAAAUGCAAAUACAUCCUAUCAUGAUGAUAUAAAUAGUCAGCCUGAAAAUCGAGAAAAUCAACAAAGUGACACAUCGCGACACUGUGUGGAUGUAAUGGCAGCUCGAGAAAGAUCAAACAAUUGGGUGUGGAAACAUUUAUUUAAAUUAGACGAUUCUACUGUACAGUGCAAUAUAGAUAAUUGUAAUAAAACUUAUAAUACGACUUUUGAUAGAAGUAAAGAUAGAAUGAUAGUAAUAAUAAAAGGACAUUUAUACCAUGAGCAUGGAAAAUACGAUGAAGAAGAUCGGUUAAAAUGGGAAAACAACAAUGAUUUAAUAUGGCGAUAUUUCGACAAAGAAGGUUUAUACAAAGAAAAAUGUAAAUUUUGUUACGAUUCACUUUCCGUAUCAUAUACACCAUCCUUAAGGGAUCAUCUGCGACAAUACCAUCGUAAAAAAAUAAGAGCUGAUGUACGAAAAGAAAUUGCAGAUAAGUCUCUAUCGCAAUAUUUCGAAAUUCAUGAGGAAGAAUUUAGUGCAUGGUGCAAACGUUGCAAUCAUAAAAUGGACAUAUUUUAUGGAACAAAUGCCUUAACACAUCACAUUUGUUUAAAAAAGAAUCAACGUUUAAGGCCUGGACAAAAAUCUGAAGAUAAUAAUGUGAACAGAAUGACACAACAGUCUACAAUCACUGAAAAUAGAAAUACAAGCUCCCAUCAUGAUGAUAUAAAUAGUCAGCCUGGAAAUCGAGAAAACCAACCAAGUGACACAUCGGGACACUGUGUGGAUGAAGUAGCAGUUCGAGAAAGCUCAAACAAUUGGGUGUGGAAACAUUUACUUAAAUUAGACGAUUCUACUGUACAGUGCAAUAUAGAUAAUUGUAAUAAAACUUAUACGACUUUUGAUAGAAAUAAAGGUAGACUGACAAUGAUGAUAAAAGGACAUUUAUACCAUGAGCAUGAAAAAUACGAUGAAGAAGAUCGGUUAAAAUGGGAAAACGACAAUGAUUUAAUAUGGCGAUAUUUCGACAAAGUAGAUUUAUACAAAGAAAAAUGUAAAUUUUGUAACAUUUUACUUUUCAUAUCAUAUACACCAUCGUUAAGGCAUCAUCUGCGACAGUACCAUCGUCAAAAAAUAAGAGAUGAUGUAUUAAAAGAAAUUGCGAAGAAGUCUCUAUCGCAAUAUUUCGAAAUUCAUGAGAAAGAAUUUAGUGCACGAUGCAAAUAUUGCAAUGUUGAAAACAACAUAUUUUACGGAACAGAUACCUUAAUACAUCACAUGCAAGAAAAUCGAUGUGUAACGUAUCAUAACGAACUUGAAGAUAAUAACGUGAACAGAAUGACACAACAAUCUAUAACCGAUGAAAAUACAAGUUCCCAUCAUGAUAAUUUAAAUAGACAAGCUCCUCGAAAUCAAGACCAACAAAGCAACACAGGAAUAAAUGACUUAACAUCUCAUUGUCAAUAUCAUAUAAAUGAAAAUUCAAGGUAUGAAGAAGGAGUUGCAGAUAACAGCGAGUAUAGAAUAAUGCAACAAGACGUAACAGCAGAAAAUAUAGCUACGUCUUAUCAUCGUGAAAGAACAUAUUGGCAUGAUCUCGAAAAUCAAGAAGGUCAACAGAGUUCUGAAGGAAUUAACAUAGAUAACACGGUACAAUUCCUUGAUUACAAUCAUGGAAGUACAUAUUGCUACGUUCUUGGAAAUCAAGAUGGUCCACAAAGUUCUGAAGAAAAUAAGACGGAUAACAUAGUAUUCCUUGAUGUUUCGGAUGCAAGUUCUCAUUAUGACGGUACAAACUGGCAAGGUCUUGGAUAUCAAAUAGAUCAAGAGAGAAUGAUGCAUCAGUCCGUAGCAGCAGUAAAGAUGGCUACAAGUUAUCAUGAUGAAAGUACAUAUUGUUCUGAAGAAAAGAACACGAAUAACAUAGUAUUCAUUGCUCAUGAUGUUUCGGAUGUAAGUUCUCAUUAUGACGGUACAAAAAAUUGGCAAGGUCUUGGAUAUCAAACAAAUCAACAGAGUUCUGAAGAAAAUAACACGAAUAACAUAAUAUUCCUUGGUCAUGAUGUUUUGGAUGUAAGUUCUAAUAAUGAUGGUACAAACUGGCAAGGUCUUGGAUAUCAAAUAAAGCAACAGAGUUCUGAAGAAAAUAACACGAAUAACAUAGUAUUCCUUGAUCAUGAUGUUUCGGAUGUAAAUUCUCAUAAUGACGGUACAAAUUGGCAAGGUCUUGGAUAUCAAAUAGAUCAACAGAGUUUUGAAGAAAAUAACACGAAUAACAUAGUAUUCCUUGAUCAUGAUGUUUCGGAUGUAAAUUCUCAUAAUGACGGUACAAACUGGCAAAGUCUUGGAUAUCAAAUAGAUCAACAGAGUUUUGAAGGAAAUAACACGAAUAGCAUAGUAUUCUUUGCUCAUGAUAUUUCGGAUGUAAGUUCUCCUCCUAAUGGUACGAACUGGCAAACUCUUGAAUAUCAAGAAGAUCAACAGAGCUAUUCGAGAUUUCAAAAAGGGACUAACAUUAAUAAUGUAUACAGAAUGAUGCAUCAAUUCGGGGCAGCAGGAAAUGUGACUACAAAUUUUCAUAAUGACAGUACAAACUGGCAAGCUGUUGGAUAUCUAGUAGAUCAGCAGAGAAUGAUGCAUCAAUUCGUGACAGCAGAAAAUGUAGCUAUAAGUUCUGAUAAUGACGGUAUAACUUUGCAAGCUUCUGGAAAUCAAGAAAAUCAAGAAAAUCAAACCUCAUUAAUGUAA